AUGACAUCCCUUCUCCAGAAAGUAAUCGGCGGCGGCGUCAAGGCCGAGAAGCCCAUCAAACUCUACGGCCAUGCAGGCGGCCCAAACCCAUGGAAGGUCGCUGUGAUCCUGCGGGAGCUGGACAUCCCGUACGACAUGGAGAUCAUGGACUUCGGCGAUUUAAAAAAGGAGCCGUUCGAGUCGAUCAAUCCCAAUGGCCGCGUGCCAGCCAUCGAAGACCCAAAUACCGGGUACAAGUUGUGGGAAUCCGGUGCAAUCAUCGACUAUCUCAUUGAAACCUACGAUACCACUAACAGCCUUUUCUACACCUCCGGCGCUGAAAGGGGCCAACGCGCCUGGUUCGUGCUCUACCACUCCGAGAAGGACCUUACGUCCGCCUUAGACCAAUAUGGAGGCGAGGUCAAGCGGACGAUAGGCGUGAUUGACCGGCACUUGAAGAAGAUCGGCCAGCCGUAUUUGUGUGGUGAGAAGAUCUCGUAUGCGGAUCUCAUGUUCAUGCCGUGGCAUUGGUUGGUUCUCUACCCGCCGCAUGUGAUGGGCGAGGGGUUUCCGAAGGAGUGGGAGAGCGAGUUUUCGGAAGCGUGGAGGUAG